AUGGACAUCGUGCCGUUCACAACGGCCGCGGGCAACAACGGUGACGGUGGUAUUGGUGGUAGACAGGAGCAGGAAGCGAACCAGUACUUCUUGCAUUUGUUGCAGGAGAAUACUCAGGUGAACUUGUUCCUGAAUGACCCCCGCAUUCAAAGUGCCUUGGAGCUUCGCGCGGAACAAAGACAUCGAUUUGCAUUGGACAACGUGUACGCCGAAGCCAACGCAUACAUUGCACACCUAGAGGCAACAGCGGAUGCGAAUCAUCGUCAACAGCUAGCAUUUGUGAGCCAAUCCACACACCUGUUGGUGGGACAGCUACACAACGAAGUACGAGUGCUAGAGACAAUCGCCCGAGCAGAACGACAAUCAGCCAACGAGCUGCAGGCACAGCUGGCACGCGCACAAAGGGAAAGUCAUGAUGAAAGGUCUAUGGCCAUGCAGUUUGAUGCACAUCGGUCCGAGCUGGAAGCAGCAGCGCGCACGCUCACUGCGGAAAACAGACAGCAUGAACGCCGUUUCGCGGAAUUGCGCUCGAGUAUCGACGAAAACCACAGUGAGAUGAUUGCCUUUUUAGGGUCUGAGUUUGAGGAAAAGCUUCAAUGGGAAGAGAAUGAGUACUACCAUAGGCUAACCUCUGAGGCACAGCAGUACGAUAGCUUGGUUGAUGACCUGCAGGACAGGAAUGCGGAGCUUAUAGCUGAGGUCGACUCACUCAGGACUGUCUUGUCGACAGCGGAGAGUAGCCCACCGCAAGGUGGUGCCGUGCCGGUGAAAGUCGAUCCCAGUGAGAGCUCCAAGCUUCAACCAAGCCCACCGCAAGGUGGUGCCGCAGCGGAGAUUCCUGUGUCGCUUCGGACGGUUUUGGGAAGGACCCAACGGUAUGACAUUGGUGAGCCUGAGGAUUCCAAGGCCCACAACGUAGCGGACAAGCCCUGCUACGCUUUCCAGCGUGGGAAGUGCCCAGGAGGCGGAGGUAAAGGCGGUAAAGGUGGGGAGAAGAAGGACACCUCCAAGAUUCCUUGCAUCUUUUUCCCCAAAGGCACCUGCAAGAACGGUAAGAAUUGCCCAUUCAUGCACAAGGAUGCCGCUCCCUCUGUCCCGGCCAAAGGCGAUAAGGCUGGCAAGGACGGGAAGAGAUCGCCCUCCGGCAAGCGCAGGCGACCCAGUAAGAAAAGGCCAAAGAGUGAGGAUAAGCCAGCCGCAUGCUGUCUCUCCCUCACAGCCACCCUCACGGGUGAGCCAUCGGCCGAUGCUGGGAAAGCCUACGCAGUAGCAGCCCGCAAGGGCCCUGCCGGAAAGCCCCGAAGCAGAAAGGUUCAGUUCCUAAGGCCAGAAAUCAUUGACAUCCCGCCUGAAGGUGAAGGUUGGAGCUUCGUACCAGACAAGCACAAGUACGAAUUCAGGUACAAGUCUGCGGAGCUAUGCCCACCAUCAAUUCCAGAGGACACCGAAGAAGCUUUGCAGAAUGCCCGUGUCGGGGUAGAGAAGGAUUCUGCAUUCACUGCAAAGAAGCAAUUCCCCUGCCCCAACUUGCUGCAGCGGACCAUUGAUGGCAUGCUUAGCGGCAAAGUCCUCAGUUGGACUGUCAUCAACGGCAGCCCCGCUGCUAAGGUGGCACAUUUCCCAAAGACGCUUCGAACACCGGCGCAAGCCGACAGCGAUGUCGAGCCAUACACAAUGCCAAAGUCUAAGAAGGACGAACAACUUAGCGAAGACCUGGAUGAAAUGUUCCCAGAGCUAUUUGGUCCUGAUCGUGAUAAAGAUCCUCCGCCGAAGGACGCGAAAGAAGCCACCCGCAAGGGUGAGUCAAAGUCUGAUUCCCGUGCAGCAUUGCUUGAUGAUGUUCCGUUCUCUGUGAAGCAGAAGCUGAAGUCCAGCGCAGCAGUAGCAGCGCAAGAACCACCGUAUGGUUAUGCAUGGAGUGGGGAAUGCUUGGUCAAAAAGAACAACAAGAACCGCCCCGACGCUAUUGAUCAUACUGCAUGGAAGUCUAUGUCGAAAAGACAAAGAGCAACAGCAAUUGCAGAACAUGAGAAGAAGCUACAUGAGGAGAAUGAGGCACUGUACCGCGAAGCCGUAAAGGUGGAUUGGUGGGACGGCGAAACCUACUUCGACCUCGCAGGCCGGGAACAGUCUGAUUUCGAGCUGGCAGUUGCAGCUGCCCGCAAGGGCAAGCCGGUUGGGCAUUUCAAGCUACUGAAUGUUGGUACAGCCGAACAAGUGGCGGAUGUAUUCACGAAGCCUUUCACUGAAAAGAACAAGUGGACGCAUGCCUUGAAGCUUAUUGGACAUACAACCAGCGCGAACGUAGCCGGUUGCAAACCCGAGUCGAAGGUCGAGGUCGACAACAAGGUUUCGGUAGCAGCAGCUCCGGAUGCAUCAAAGGUUGUCGAGGACUUUGCUAAACAAUCGUUCGAGGCUAACGAUUACAGCUUCAAGACCUUCGAGAUGGCAGCCAUCGUUGUGAGCGACGAGUUCUGCAGGGUUAACACCUCCGAAGCAGACAGGGCUGGAGUUACCAAGGCCAUGAAAACCAUUCUCCAAUCCGCCGCCCUCAACAACGAUAUCAUUUCGCUAGGCGCCGAUCAUGAGAGCCAGCUCUUGGAGUCGGCGUACAGCUGCGUAUCCACACAAUGCGCGGCUGGGGUAUCCUUGACCCAUGCCGACGCAACCUGUGUGGCUCUGCGCCAGAUGGCUGACCUCAGUGACGAGGGACUCGCCAAGUUGAAGCCAACCGCAAGGUUGAGCCCCAAGGCCAAGCGAGCCAUCAUAGUCGUGUCAGACAGCUCCACCGCACUUUGCAAGAAGAACAGACGGGGAGUGUUCGUCAAGGCCGACUUGGAUGCGGAAGUGAACAUCGCAAGCAUGACGCUGGGAUGGGCACAGACUCGCUACACCAUGUGUUGGGGCAAAACCUUGGCGUGGAUUGUCUGGCAGGUCGAGGAGCAUGUGAAAGAGCUUCGGACCAACUAUCCGGACCACACCAUCGACGUGAUCUGCUGGUGGUGCGGGAACGAGAUCUCCGGCCAGUGGGGCUGCAUCCCCACGCGGCUAGGGCCGGGACUCGCCUAUAGAGAUCCCAAUGUCACAACGGAGACCGUCGCCCGGAAAGUGAGAAGGGCAGCGGAUGUUUUAGCCGCCCUCGCGGGCGAGCCGGACAUUGGUUUUGUGAAGGUGAUUGGGCAGGUGGAGGCGGACUUGUUCCAACUCCACUCAGCCUACAACGACUUCAAUGCCGCAAUGUUCGAAGAGUUCAGACAGCGCGGUCUGCAAGUGCAAACCGCGAGCUCCUUGGUCGAAAAGCUGGAAAUGUAUGACAGCUUUCACGCCAGUGAAGACCCUCGCAACCACGAGUUAUUCCAGACCUACUUGCAUGCCACUAUCAAUGCAAGCAGGAGCGAAUGGCUUGCCCAGAAGAUGACACCCUGUGUCAGGGCUUUGCUUGUUCGCUAUGAGCACUUUGAGACUGGCUCCGGUGCCAACAAUCCGGUGCUCGAGGAUGUCUUCAAGCAGUGGCGUGCGGAGAAGGACCAGCUCAUGAACCCGAAACAGGCAAAGCCAAUGCCGGUCACCCAGGAGGACAAGAUGUGGGAAGCCCCAGAUGCCGCUGACGCAACCGACGUCACCAAGAUCUCCGAGGGGCCACCCAUGGAUAAAGCCAUCCGCAAGGAUGUGCCAAGGAUCGGUGCAACCACUGAUGUUAGUGCUGUUGCGGAGUGCGUCAAUGACAUUGUCACUCAGGACGCAGACGGUAAGGUAUCCUACAAUACCCCUGGCACAGUGGAGCUGGUGGAUGAGGGCGACCAAGUCGACCCCAUCCCAUCAUCGAUUGGACGUGUCAUUGAGCCAGCGCCUCCCAAGAAGACUAAGAAGUCUGACCGCGAUGAGGACGCCAUGCGAAGGCUCAUGUUCAUCGAUGAAAGCGCCCCGCAAGGGGCUGCCACUGUGCCAGAGCUUCCCAAUGAGUACUUCUACAACGGUAAGAAGCACUUGAUGAAGCCCUUCAAUCCGGAGGACAUUGUGGGAGACAGGCACGUGACGUUCAAACACGGUGACCUGAAGUUCCUCACCAAGCUGCUGCGUGGCCAUGAAAUGGACGACUUCCCUGCAUUGAUCUUUGACCGUGGGUGCUGGGCAGACGUUGACACUCUGCUCCAGGUCUUCAACACGGCACGGAACGCACGCUGGGGUGUGAGGCAGCUGCUACGCGCAGCGAAAGCCGAUAACAAGGGACGGAUCAGGCUUUUGGGCAUUGAUGUCCCCAUGAAGGACACCCUGGGCCAGCCGCUAUUCCCUGUGCGGGUGAGGAUGGCCCAAGGGCACAACUCCAAGCUCAUCGGCAAUAACCCGGACGCGGACUUCGACCUUGACGAAACCAAGGUUGAGGUUGAGGUUGAAGUCGACGAAGGCGAUACGACGGAUGCGGGUGAGGAUGAGCCAUACCCACUUGGCUCACACCCAUGCCGUGAGUGCGCAGCAGUCGUUGCCAAUGGCAUGCUGUUCUGCCUCCGUUGCAAGGCUCCCCAGACGGACGACUCUAAAAAGAUCACGAAGCGAGUCUUUGAGAAUUCGAGACUUCGCCAGCGCAUUCUUGCCACCGCUGCAACCGGAGCUCAGAAGCCCAUCGACGAUCUCCUUGCGAGUGACCUCAGAGGCCUGGGCGAGGGACCAAAGAAGCGUGGUCAGAUGAGAGCAGAGGCUGCCGCCAUUCGUGACGCCAAAGACCGAAAGAUCAGGGCCGCCAAGUUGAACUUCGACACCGUGUCCGACCGCUUCGAGAAGGACGCGCAGUUCAACGUGAGGAUGAUGCAAGAGGGCCGCAACUUCGAGGACAUGCAGAAAUUCGAUCACCUGUCGAACGCUGUGCUUCCCGAUCCAGGACGCAGCGAGGAGCAGCGCUACUUGCGUGCCGGCUCCCAUUAUGGUGGUGGCAAUGUCCCGCCUGCGAAGUUGGUCUAUUAUGCCCACUGCGAAGUGGAGCCGUUGAGGAACUUGCGGUUUAUCGAUGAUACCGCGGAUGUCCCCAUCGGCUUGACCUACCUCGGUGCAUUCCUCCCUCCGCGACUCUAUGCUGAGGUGGCAGCAGUGAAUGAUGCUGCGAAAAGGAUCCUGACUUUCGACGGCGAGGUCUAUGUGUCGGCUACCACAACUGAAGGCAUCACAACUGAGAUCGGGCAAAUCCUUACCGAUAGCCUCCGUAGUGCUCAGAACCAGACAGACCAAACGGAACGUCUGGCAGAGCGCAAUCGCCAGGCUGCAGUCCAGAAUCGCCCAUCCCAAAAGGGACGCGGUCGCACGACAGCACCUGAGCCAAUGUACAGAGGCUAUACUCAGGCCCAGUGGGACGAGUACUAUCGCCAGCGUCGUGGAGGUUACACUCAGGCCGAGUGGGAUGCAUGGAACCGCACCCAUAGGCGCUGA